UCCAUCGUCAAUCUAUCCUCAAGAUUAGAGAAUCAUAUAUUCAAAAACUGUUAAAUUUUUUAUCAUUCUUUCAUCUUUUAAAAUAUAAGUUACUGCAUAACAGUUUUGGAGCCAUAGAUUGGUCAGAAAUGGAGAUCAAAUCGGUGGCGUGCGAGUGUUGCGGCUUAACGGAAGAUUGUACACAAAACUACAUUAAUAAGGUCAAAGCUAAUUUUUCCGGAAAAUGGCUUUGUGGGCUUUGCUCCGAGGCGGUGAGUGACGAAUUCAGCCGUGAUCGGAAGAUGACGACAGUGGAGGAAGCUGUCAACGCCCACGUUUCGUUUUGUAGUAAGUUUAAAGCCAACCCGGCAGAACUCGUUGCAGACGGCAUGAGGCAGAUGCUACGUAGGAGGUCCGGUGAGUUGUUGCCGGCGAAGUCCAAGAAGUUUGGAAGAUCUAAAACCACGUAGUUGCGUUUACACAUCUUUUUCCCUCGUUAUUUUCUUCGCUUUUAUAGUGUUGGCUAAUGUACAAUAUUAUAAAAUAUAAAAUCAUAACACUCAAAAAACUAUUCAGAUAUUGUUAAUUAUAACUUUAAAAUAUAAACAAAAAUACUGGAGUACCGUUUGACACACAAAUAGUGACAUGCAAUGUUAUUGAACCUGAAUCUAGAAAGCGAACCAGAAACAUCUUCCAAGUCACCGAUUACUAGAUCGACCAAUCCGACCGUUGAUUAAUAGAUGAAUAAACUUAUAUAUUCUAUCAUUCUAUGAAUUUAGAAAAACAAAUCUUGAAGAGAUUGGUGAAAACACUUUUAAGUAUUUUUUUAAGCCUCCCUCUCGGUCAUUUUCUUCAGUCGGGUAGUUUGUGUAUUGCUUUUGUUGUCGAGGCGCUUAUGUUCUUUCGGUUACUCGGCCCAGUAACCGUAAUUGUCUUCUCCGAUAAUUCCUAUUUGUGUAUUUACAUCUGGUUAUAAGUAUUUUUUUUAUCUCUAUCAUUGUUUAUGUUCUCCUAUAUGAAACAUAUAACAUUUAUGUUACCACGUUAAAGCAUAUAUAAAGUAGAUUCAGUUUUUAUACGAUACUAUUAUUGUUAACAUGCUAACUUGUAAUAUAACAUGGUAAUUUUUUUUUUCUGUUAACUAUAAUAUUAGUUGGUUAACUUUAUGUUUUAUCCGUUAAAUAAUUUAGUAAAUUGAUAAAUAAUACUAAAGUAUAUAGUCUAUUAUUAAGUUAACUAUUUGUUUAACGCUUUAUAAAGAAAUAUAACUUGAUAACAAAAUUCGUAACAUGUAAAAAUAGUAUUACAUGUUGACAAAAUUUGUAACAUGUUAAAAAUAUAUUUAGCCGCUAACAAAACUAUAUGGCAAACUACAUAAUAAAUGUAUUGUUUUCUGUAAUUUUCACACAUAUUAAGAAAACACAUUAAACUACCAUAAUAAAUGUAUCGUUUUCUGUAAUUUUCAAUUUUCAAUAACUUUUAACCAAUAGUAAUUCAAUAAAGACAAUUAAUUUUCUUGAAGUUUACAAUUUUUUCAUAGAAAACACAAAAAAUACAUCUUUCUGAAACAAACGUUUUUUCUAGAAAGUCUAUUAUUAAGGAACGGAGGGAGUAUCAGCUAACAAAAAUUAUUAUUUUUGGAAAAUAAUAAAUAUUAAAAAUUUGCUGAAUUAUGUUUAUCAUCUAUAUCUAUCUUUACAUAAAAUGUACAUGUAUUAUAUACUAAUUUUGAGUAAAUUAGUUUCUAUGGUUCAAAAGGAAAAUACUCUCUAAAUUCCAUCGGCAAACCCGAUUAAAAAAAUAUGGGUGGUGGAGAAUUGCCUAGUGUCAGAUCUAUGGUUCAAUAGGAACCUAUGUGAUCUCUGAUAAAAUUUGAAGCCCCCACGUCAUUGUACUCUCUCUGCUCAAGCUUCCAAGGGCAAAACGGUAAGUAUCUAACCGCAAUUGCAAGACUUUGACUUUUAUUAUCACAUCAUGGAUAAGUUUCUAAUUUGGAUUUUCAUUUGGAGUAUUUCCCUAAAUCUCUCAAAUUAAAAUUUUAUGGUUGUAAUAAGAGUUAAAGCUAAGAGAGAAUUGGUGAAAUAACCAAAAACA